AUGGAUCUCGAUAAGAAGGCAAGUAACAGCAACGAGGCCACGAAAUUUCUGUGGCGUCUCUCCCGAAAUGUAGCUGAGGCUUUCCGGCCGCAAGGCCCGUUGAGGGUACCAAUCCGUGUCUGCGUUGUUGGUGUUGGUGCUGGAGUUGCAGGACUUCGGUGCGCAGAUCUUUUGCUCCGUCACGGCUUCGCUGUCACUAUUCUCGAAGGCCGGGACAGAAUUGGAGGGCGUGUUACGCAAACAAAGCUCUCCUCUGGUCAUUUGGUGGACCCCGGGGUGAAUUGGAUUCAUGGGACAGAGUGCAAUCCAGUUACAGAUCUCGCAAAAGUCACAAACACUCCAACACAUGAUUGGGGCGAGGCGUUCAACGUCUUUGACGCAGAUGGGCAAGUCUUGGAAGAUGGGAAGAAACUGAAUGGAGCCUUGUGGGGCAUCAUCGCGCAGGCAUUUUAA